AUGGCACCUUCAAACCGCGCCGCAUGGCUCCGCGAACUAAAGUCGCCGUUCCAAGUCGGGCCGUCUGAGAUCGGCAAGCCGGGCCCCGGCGAGGUGCUCGUCAGGAAUCGCGCCGUCGCCAUGAACCCGGUCGACUGGAUGAUGCAGGACGGCGCAUAUCCGGCCGGGUCGCUGCCCCGGAUCCUCGGCAACGACGUCUCCGGCGUCGUCGUCGAGGUCGGCGAGGGGGUCACGCAGUUCCACAAGGGUCAACGGGUGCUGGCGCACGCCAUUGGUCUGCCCACCAACGAGCCCCGGCACGGCGGGUUCCAGGAGUACACGGUGGUGCCGGCCGUGGGGUGCUGCGCGAUUCCAGACGCGAUGAAGCACGAAGAGGCGUGCGUCUUGCCGCUGGCCAUCUCGACUUCCAGCCUCGCCCUAUUCCAUGAAGCGAAACUGGGUCUGAGGUUGCCCGGCGGGGAUGCGGCUGGUGCGGAGACAAGCCAGGGUGACGAGGCGAUCCUCGUCUGGGGAGGCAGUUCUAGCAUCGGCGCCCUCGCCAUCCAGCUGGCCGUGGCGGCCAAGUAUAAAGUGAUAGCGACGGCGUCGCCGCGGAAUUUCGACCUGUGCAAGAAGCUGGGCGCGAUCGAUGUGUUUGAUUACUCGAGCCCGAGCAUCGUGGGGGACUUGACGGCCGCGAUGCAGAAGUAUACCUGUCGGGGUGCCUAUGAUGCUGCUUCGAAGCGAGAUACACAGUUGAACGUGGCACAGGUUUUGGCCCAGCUAGGCGGAGGGAAGAUGACGGUGGUGCUACCCCUCGUCGAAGGAAUUCCGGCAACCGUGCAAACCAGCGACGUCUACGCCCCGGCAAUCCUCCAGCAAGACAAGGCACUUGGAAAGGCAAUAUACGGGGAUUUCCUGCCAAGGGCGCUCGAGCAGGGCAUCAUCAAGCCGGCCCCGCCGUCAGAUGUGGUCGGGCACGGUGUCGAGCAUAUUCAGGGGGCUGUCGAUAAGUUGCGAGCCGGUGUGUCGGCGUCGAAGGUGGUGGUGACGCUGUGA